AUGCUGCAAUUAUAGUUAGAGGUGAGGACAAUCUAAUUUUAUAUUAAUUCAAUGACAGAAUUCUGUUCGAUUUAAUUUAUUCAUAGUAUAAGAUAUUUAUAAUAGACUUAUCCUCAACUCCAUUGAAGUCAAUAUUGAAAUGUAGAUGUAGAGAUAUUCAAGAGAUUAGAGAAAGAAUUGAUUUAAAUAUAUAAUACUUUGAAAAAGGAAAUGUAAGUAUAAUUAUUUAUAUGAUUGUAGUUGAGACUAUAGAUUUAUGAUGGCUAAAUUAUUUUCGGAGAAGCCACUAUUAAUUUAGGAUUUUACAUUGAAAAUAGUCUUCCUGUUAUUAUAGACAAUAUUACAAUAUAGAGUAAGUAUGAUCAGGAAGCUUAUGUUGAGAUGAGUUUAGGUUGGAACUAAUUGGAAUAAAUACAAACUAAAGAAAUUCAAUAGAUUAAUCCCAUAAGAGAAUAACCAUUAUUUAUAAAAUUAUCUUAAUAAACAGCAAAUAGAGUACCAAUAGAGAUAUAUCAUAAAAUUGAAAAUAGAACAAUGAAUAAAAUCUGUUCUGAAUAGAACUAUUUUAUAGAAAAUAAAUAAGAAUAGAUUGAUAAUAAGUCCAUAGAAUAAAAGAAAUAAUUGGAAGAUGAAAAAAUAGAAGAAAAUCCAAAAGCAAAUCUCGAAACAGUAAAUUCUCAAAGAUUCUAAACACCUAAGGAUAAUAAAUUUGCAAAAAAGUAAAAAAUUUAAAAGUCUUCUGGAUUAUUAGAACAUUAUAAAAAAUAAAUUAAUACAAGAUAAACUUACAGUGAUUCUAAAACAGUUGUAAAAGAAUAAAGAUUAAGAAUUCUAUAGAAAAGUCCUAAUGAUUAAGGAGUAAAAAUUAGAAUUCAUAGUCAUUAAAAUGAAGAAUAUGAUGUAAAUAAAGGAAUAACAAAAUAAAAAGUUAUUUGUAAAAAAGCAAUAAUAACAGAAGAUUAUGGGAAAGAUGGUUAAAAAAAUUUAGAACCUGGAUUCUUUACUAGUAGAUAAUUAGAAAUAGAUUAAUAAAUAGAAAAAGAGUGUUAAUAAAUAUCAAUUUAGUAAUUAUUAAAUGAAAAUCAAUAAAUGAAAAAUUAGAUAUAAAAAUUAUCAUAAGAGAAUUAAGAAUUGAAAGAUCAAUUAAUAAAAAGUGAAGCAACAUUUAAUUUAUUAUCAGAAACAUAUACAACACUUAGAAAUGAAUAUAAAAAAGUCUAGAUUAAAAAUUAUGAUAGUUCCAAUAAUACAUUUAUUAUGAAUAAAGAAUAUGAAUUUAUUAAAAAAGAAUUAGAAUAGAAGUAAAAAGAGAUUGAAUUUAGUAAAAAGGAAACUGAAUUAUAGAAAAUAGAAUUAGAAAUAACAAAAAGAGAAAAUAUUUAAUUAUAAAUAGAUCUAGAAUAAAUUAAAAAAGAAGUUAUUAAUAAAAAUAUUGAAAAUAGUAAUCUCUUAAAGGAUAUUUAAGAUAAAUAAUAUAAAAUUAAUACUUUAGAAUAAGAUUUAUUUCAUUAAUAAAAUAAUUAAACAAUAUCUUAAGAUAUAAAUCUAUAGAAUCAUUUAAAUGAAUAAAAUGAAUAUAAUAAUCAUAAUUUAGAUUAAAUGAAGAAUAUCAUCAAAAAUUAAAAAAUUGAAAUUGAUAAUUAUUAAUAGGAAUUGAAAUAAACAAAAUAAAAUCUAUUAUUUUAAGAAAAAGGAGGAAAAUAAUAAUUCAAAUGUUAAGAGGAAUUACAAUAAAUUAAUUUAAAAUUAGAAUUGGAAAUUAAUUAGUUAAAAUAAAAAUUAAUUGAAAGUAAUUAAGAAAUAAAGUCAAAGUAAAUAAUGAAUGUAGUAGUAGGGCCUUAGAAAUUGAAAAAUUAAAAACUUAAAUCGAUUUAUACUUAUAAUCACCAGAUAAGUAGAAUUUUGAUUUGACAUAUCUUAUCAAUGAAUAUUCUACUCUAAAUGCAAGUCUUAAAUAAGAAAAUUAAACUUUGGGUAUUUUAUAAAUUUAAUUUACAUUUAGUCCAUUAAAAUAGAAAGGAUUAAGUCAAGCUUGAGAGUUUAUAGAAAUAAUUAGGCAUCAAUAAAGUAAUCAAUAUGAUAUUAAGAGAAAGAACAUUGUUGAAUUGAGCGAAUAAAGAUAAUAAUCUCUUGAAAAAGAAAUCUUAUAACUUGAAAAAGCUGUUUUAAAUGGUAAAUAGAAUAUGGCUGAUGUUAUUAAUGCAGUACUUGAAUGUGGUGGACCAGACUUAGCUGAAGCUGUUGAAAGGUUCUUAGUAAUAAGAAGGAGUAUGAAAAUAAGUUGA